UUAAGGCUUGAAUCUGCAUUCUUCUAAAGUGGUCAUCUGAAGACGUGCAGCACCACUGCUAACCGCUCAACCUGAUCGAGCCCUUCUCACAAGCUUCUGUGGAGGAGGAGUGAGACAGCAUGUGAGUGCUGCUUGGAGUCCUAUUUUUUUUGUGGAUAUAGACGAACAGGACAGCACAAUGGCUCAAGUAGAUGCAGAGUUUGGUGUGAAGAGCAGCAGCAUCAUCAGGGAGUGGAGUGGACAGGUCCAGCCUGCUCUGGUCGCCUCCUUCAUUUUCCUCUUCUGUCUGGAAGCCUGUCUGUGGGUCAGGAACCUCAGGCUCAAGAGAAGACUGCCGGGACCCUUCGCCUGGCCUGUGGUGGGCAACGCCAUGCAGCUGGGCCAGAUGCCCCACAUCACCUUUGCCAGGCUGGCCAAAAAGUACGGCAAUGUAUACCAAAUUCGGCUUGGUUGCAGCGAUGUAGUGGUUCUGAAUGGAGACCGGGCGAUACGUCAGGCUCUGAUACAGCACAGCACAGAGUUUGCAGGCAGACCAAACUUUGUCUCUUUUCAGGCUGUCUCAGGGGGGAAAAGUAUGACUUUCACCAAUUACAGCAAACAGUGGAAGAUGCACAGGAAAAUUGCUCAAUCAACGAUCAGAGCAUUCUCAUCUGCCAACAGUCAGACCAAAAAAGCCUUUGAGCAGCAAAUUGUGGCUGAAGCCACAGAGCUAGUUGAGAUUUUCCUUAAACUCAGUGCACAGGCCCAGUAUUUCAACCCUGCUCAUGAGUUGACAGUAGCUGCAGCUAAUGUGAUUUGUGCCUUGUGCUUUGGAAAACGUUAUGGACAUGAUGAUGUUGAGUUUAGAGCCUUGUUAGAGCGGGUAGAUCAGUUUGGACAGACAGUAGGGGCUGGCAGCUUGGUGGAUGUCAUGCCAUGGCUUCAGUCUUUCCCCAACCCAGUCCGCAGUGUCUUUAAAAACUUCAAAGACCUGAAUCAAGAGUUCUUUGGGUUUGUCCAGAGUAAAAUAAAGGAGCACAGAGAGACAUUUGAUCCAGAGGUAACGAGGGACAUGAGCGAUGCCAUUAUUGGCGUCAUUGACAAGGCUGACAGUGACAACGGACUCACCGAAGGCCACACAGAGGGGACAGUGUCAGAUCUGAUUGGAGCAGGUCUGGAUACCGUCUCCACUGCUCUUCACUGGAUCAUCCUUCUUCUGGCAAAAUAUCCUGAAAUCCAAACCAAACUCCACAAGCUCAUAGACAAAGUGGUAGGCCCAAACAGGUUGCCAUCAAGUGAGGACAGAAGAAGCCUGGCAUACUUGGACGCCUUCAUCUACGAAACAAUGCGCUUCACCAGCUUUGUCCCCAUCACCAUCCCCCAUUCAACAACCUCAGAUGUCACCGUUGAUGGUCUCCACAUCCCCAAAGACACGGUGGUCUUCAUCAAUCAGUGGUCCGUCAACCAUGACACCCUGAAGUGGAAGGAUCCACAUGUCUUUGACCCAUCACGCUUCCUGGAUGAAAAUGACUCCCUAGACAAGGAUAUCACCAACAAUGUUAUGAUCUUCUCAGCAGGGAAGAGAAGAUGUAUUGGGGACCAGAUCGCCAAAGUUGAGGUAUUUCUGUUCUUUGCAAUUCUACUCCACCAGUGCAGCUUUGAGAAAUGCCCCGAUGAGGACUUGUCUUUAAACUGCUCAUAUGGUUUAACACUGAAGCCUUUAGAUUACAAGAUUGCUGCCAAACUCAGGGGACAACUACUUAAAGGGCAAUAAAAAUCUGUUGGACUAUGGGUUCCCCAAGUAAAGAACAGCAAUGUGAUGUGAGUAUGUGUUUUUCAUAUAAACAGAACAAAGGAUUUUUAUAUAAUAGCCUUUAAUUAACCCAAAAAAUGAUAUUGAUUAUGAAAUGAAAUUGAUAAGCUGAAAAUAUCUGCCAGUUUAUGUAUUGCAAGUACGCAUCUUGAUAGCGGCAUUAGGAAGCAUGUGAGUCAUAUCUGAACUCUAGGACAAUUUUACUUCUCAACUCUGAAAAAACUGUGACUGUAAGUGACUGACAAAACCUGAAUAUAUCUGUACUGCACCAUGUAAGAAACAAAAAAAAAAAAAAUGUAAUCAAAGCUUUGUUGUGGUUGCCCAAAGCCACAAUUCAUAAUAAACCUUAAGUAUGUAUUGUUAUUUAUAUGGGGGUAUUUAGUGGAGUCUCCCCCUAAAUUGCAAUAUAAACCAGUGGUGAUGAAUAAAUUUCGCUUUAAGAGCUUUUUUCGCUUAUGGGGAGAAAUCAGGAACCAGCUGUGUGGUCUCGAUUAUUCACCCAGACACUCAUUUAUCUUCAUAUGUACUGAACGUUUUUAUGUUUGAGCUCAAUACAAAUACAGUGUGCAUGUCAUCUACAUUCAUAUACUCUUAAAUCAUGCCUAAUACUGUUGUAUUCAAUAACUCGUGUCACAUGUAACAUAUAUCUAAAAGCUACUAAUUUAACUGUCUUAGUUCUUUAGUACACAUAAUACAUCACUGUACAAUGUGUUUCAUAAGGCAUACCAGAUUGUCUUGAAUAAUAAGCUGCACAGAAUAGCUAAAUAAUGUUUUCAUAAUGAACAUGACCCUGUGUGAUACAGUCUGUACUCUACGGUGUGACCAAAGCCUUGAAUGUACAAUAAACAUUUUGGACUGA